GAGAGAGAGGGAGAGAGAGAGGAAAAACGACUCUCAGCAAAGCAACAAGAAGGGAGAGCAAUGGCGACACUGGAUCGCCAAAUACCAAGUCCGGAUUCCUUCUUGUGCGAACCUUGGUCUUCCUUCGUCAGUGCGACUAAAUUCCGUUUUGUUGACAACGCAGUCUCCUCUUCGGAGAAGGACGACACGGACUCUUGUUGCCCCGCUGGAUCCGCGAAACUCGGUAGAAACGAGAUGCUUAUCCGCACCCACUUCCCUGCUUUGGAGGAUUUUUGUCUCGUUGUCUGCCAUGUCUGCAGUAAAGUGGUGACUCCUCAGGGCAUCCUCACACAUUACGAGAAGCGACACAGCUCCCCGAUCCCUUCCAGGAGCCCGCUCGUUCCCAUGAAGCCCAAAGCGCCUGCCGUGGCCCCCAGCCCAGGGGACACGCUUGCAUUCAGGGUCCCCAAAGAUUACCCUCACUCCCGCUUCAACAAGGCACCGCUCGCCGUCUACCCACCAAAGGGGGCGCGGAACAAGACCUGCGUAUCAUUACCUGUCGUCAGCUUGGAGAAGAUGCCCUGUCUGAACCGAGCAGACUCAGCAUCGCACGUGCGCCUCAACUCCUCCUCCUCUUUAUCCUCAUCCACGCUCUCUCCGCUAAAAUCAUCCUCCUUCGCCCCACCAGCCUCCCAGCGCCCCAACGAAAAGCUCGUCAACGGCCGCGCCAGCGGCGGCCCCUCAACACCGCGUUCCAUCACGCCUCCCUCCUCCCUGGAUAGGCGGCCGAGCCCCGCGCGAUCCCCCCUAGAGAGACGGGGGUCGUCAACGCCAUCGCCCUCCCCUAUGGACAGGAAGCCCUCCCUCUCGCCGUCGCCCUCUCACAGAUCCGUUGCUCUGCCAACGUUGUCGUCGCUCUCGCCCAUGGAGAAGAAGCAACAAAACGGCACUAAGGCGCCUGCUAGGCCGCACAAGAGAGUCUCAGGGAGAGUCUUUGAUCCUGACAAGCACUGCGGAGUGCCCGACCCUGAGACUAAACGUUCCUGCACGCGCUCUCUCACCUGCAAGACUCACUCGUUAACCCAGCGCCGCGCCGUUCCCGGCCGAAGCAGGCUUUUCGACGAGCUCCUAGCCGAGCACAAGGGCCUGGCUAAGGAGAGGGAGGCUCUGAAGGAGAAGGAGAGGGAAGCGGCGCUUAGAGGGAAGGAAGGAUGCAGUCAGAGCAAUGCAGCUCCAGAAACGGCGAGUCCCAGCAAAACCUACUGCCCCGCUGAAAGACCGCUCUCCUCGUUGAAGCUGCGGCUCGCCAAUGCACACAUACCAAGAGUUCCGGUUGGCUCCUCUUCCAUCUCCAGUUUGAGUCCUCUGCCUCCAGCAGCGCCUCCUGCCGUAGUUCCUGUCGCCGAGCCGUCUUCUAACAGCUGGGUGAACGCAGCAGCGGACAGCAGCCGACUCUCCAGCGACGAGGGAGACCCAGAGAGUCCAGAUGACACUGACAGACCCUCGUUGCAUUACUCCAGUCAUCAUCCGCGGCCUUUAGGGUUGUGCGUCUUCAGCAGCCGGCUUAUGGGACAGGGCUACUAUGUGUUCGACAGGCGAUGGGACAGAAUGAGGCUGGCCCUGCAGACUAUGGUGGAGAAACACCUCAACGCCCAGAUGUGGAGGAAGGUGCCUCUUGCUGCUGAGAGCCUUCCCUCCCUCUCCACAUCUAGUACCUCCUUGGUUACGGCGCAGCAGGCUCCUUCUUCCACCCCUAUCGCCUCUCCUGUCCCUUCCUCACCCUCUAACACGCUCACCUACACCGCCACGUUCCCUCAGUCGGCAUCGGCAGCUGGAGUGUUCAACGUCAGAGACUCCGCGCAGUCCCACAGCCCGGCUUUUACGCAGGGAAAAGCCCGCAACGGCUCCCACAAAGCCAGCCGGCCAUCCAAAGACGCAAGCGUCCCUGCGGCGGGCCAGAAAAAGAGAAAGAACUCUUCCCACUCUUCGUCGUCCUUUUCAUCUUCCUCGUUUCAGACAGUAGAUGUCCACAAAAGGAACGGCAGCAGCUUUCACCCGACGUUACAAGGCUAUGGGAUAGCCAGGAGUUCCCCAGCCAAGAAUAAGGGACCUCAAGGGGGGAAUGGGCGUCUGAGCAGCUCCGAUAACUGGCUGUCCAGAGCAGAUGGGUCACAAGGCAUCAACACACAGAACUGUCGUGAACUUGGCACCAGCAGCAUCACCUUUACAAACAGGGAACCAGCCUCAGCCCCACACCAGCCUAUGGCUCCCCCCACUGGACCCUUAGCUUAUGGCGGAGGAGCAGAAGGGAGGAAGAGGAGGAGUCCCAGCUCCUAUAAAGGGAAAGCCAGCAAACUGAGCCGACCAGGCGGACUAGAAAGCCUCUUUGGUAAAGGAAACGACGGUGGGGGGAUCUUGGCGUUGGGGCCUGAGUCGCCCAGACAGGCCAAGUUAAAUCACUGACAGAAACCCGUUUGAAGGGCAGAACCUUUGGGCAGCUGUUCAGGCCACCACCAUUUGUGACCUUUGACUUCACUCUUCCACUGACCGCACCAAUCAGGCCGUUUCAUCUCACAUGGCUCCUGUUUAUCCAAGGAUACAGGAUCCAUCCCUCCACUCCUUCCCCCUCAGCUUGGAUCCUUUCGUCCGGAAACUUGAUGUGCCUCGCUAUAGUUGGGGUUUAUAGGAACACGUUUUCUUAAAAAACAUUGCAAAGGGAAUAUGCUGACAUUAACACCACCACUGUAGAAUUUAUGGAGAACCCUGAAAAGAGGUGUGUGAUUGUUUUCCAUCAGACAGAACUACUGUGCCGCUUUGCUGCCCCUACGGACCUUUUCUAUUCAGCCUCUCCAUCAUUUGCUCCGUUUUAGUCUACGAGGAGAGUGAUCGCAGCACAUUUACCUGGGUUUUAGCCAGUUCUUGCCCCUUUCUUUGUCCACCUCCCUACAUUUCCAUUUCUGUCCCAGCAUGCCUGUGUUCGAAGUGCACUUACUGUCCUGAGCUCCUUGCUGACUCCUUCUGCAACUGUGACAUGAAAAAGUCGUGCUCGCACAAAGAGGAGGGGAUGGAAGAAUCCGUGUUACCAAUGAUGCCACGUCGAUGCGUUGUAUUUCAAUAUAGGAUAAAAUCUGACUUUAUUCAGAUCUUUUUUUUUUUUUUAUCUUUCUGGUUUUAAUGUUGAAAGAAACAAAAAUUCCAGGAUAAGCAUCCAAAAUGGAAUUAUUACUCUGGUGUUGGAUUGCUUCGUUUUAUUUUUGUUUUUUUUGUAUAAUAAUUUAUCAUUCUUAAAUAAUGUUUGUUAUGGAAGUGACCAUUAAGGUUUGAGCUACAGAGACUUUUUCAAUAUAAAAGAUGAUAGAAUUUCUAUGGCAUUUUGAAGAAAUGUUAAAAGUAUUAUAGUUCAUAUUUGUACAUAUCUGUUGGUAUUUUUGUAUUUAUUAAUAUUUUUUUCCCCUUUUACUAAAUGAAAACAGAGAUAUUAACUAUUUUACCCCAUGCUAUCGUAGUCUAACAGUAAUAAAGCGAUUGGCCUGGUGUCUCACCAAAAAAAAAAAGUUAUAUAUAUAUAUUAUUUUGUAUUUUUUAUUCUUCUCCCAGUAGCAAUUAAAUGCAAAUUAAUGGGCACAGCCAAGUUCAAAUGUUUGGUAGCUUCUGCUUUUUGUAUUUUAUUUUAAUGUAGUUGCUUUUCAAGCUGGAAACAAUAAGAGUUUAAUUUAAAGAGAAGUUGCAUUAAAAUUCAAAUGGUAAGUAGACUGAAUUUAUAAAGCACUUGGCCAGGAGCGCGUCCUAAUGUGAGGAAGCUGGAAUCAAACCACUUAUCCACCACCUAGAUUAUGUUGCCGUUCGCUUUUCUUUAUGCAAUCCAAUCUCAACCUUUAUACUUAUUGGCUCCCUGGGUGAAGGUGUGUAAAAAGUCUUAAAAUAUUAAUAAGCUGAUUUUGCAGAAGCCUACUCAAGAUGAAGUUAAACGAACCAGACAUGUGGUUUAAAUAUCUUUAUUCAAUAGGAAUUGAAAAUUCCUGUAGUAAUUCUGUUAAUCUAUAUGUGGGUUUGCUUUUCUUUUAAGUUCAAACCUACCUAGAUAAACUUUUUUUCAGUAAUUCGGGACCUUCUGGGUUUUUUUUCUUUGCAUUUAAG